AAUAUUUUUAUGAUUACAGAUAAACUUACGUCUAAUUCUUGUCAGUGGUAAGACAAAAGAAUUCCUAUUUAGUCCAAAUGACUCUGCAGGAGACAUAGCUCAUCAUGUAUUUGAAAAUUGGCCGGAAGAUUGGGCGGAAGAGGCCGUGGCAAAGGCGGAAAUCUUACGAUUAAUUUACCAGGGUCGUUUUUUACACAGCAAUGUUACGCUCGGUGCGCUGGGGCUUCCUUUUGGAAAAACAACAGUUAUGCAUCUGGUUCCUCGAGAAAAUCUUCCUGAACCUAAUUCCCAAGAUCAGAGACAAAAGAGCAAAGGCGGUGGAAGCAGUUGCUGCUCAGCAUCCUGUUGUAUACUCU